GUGAUGCACUGAUCUCCCGAAAGUCUUUGCAGCUUUUCGCUCAGAUGCAGCUCCUGCAGCAUUCAAGUGAAUGCAUGCAGCACACAGAAGAGCUGUCACCGAAUGCACCUGUCCUGCUGUCUGUAGGGUUUAGCUGGACAGAAGAUGCUUACGGGUCUGGAGAGGCACCGCAGGGAAAGCACGGAGCUCCUCCUGCUCGUUGCCAUACUGAUUCUCACCAUUUUAACCAUGUGGGUGCUUAAAAAACGCCAAGUGAGAUUUCUACACGAAACUGGAGGGGCUAUGCUCUAUGGUUUUAUUCUGGGAUUAAUUCUGAAGCUGGCAGCCACCCCGUGGAAGAGGGGCACCGGGGAGAUUCACGAGUGUGUAAAUCUGAACACAACCCCAAAAUUCCUUUUGGUGAACGUCACCGAGCGCAUUCACGAGUAUUAUCACGUGGGAGAAGUCACUCCAAAUCCCCAAGCCCUGCCUGCAGGCUCCAUCCUCCAUAAGAUGGCCUUCAACCCCGAGAUCUUCUUCAAUCUGCUGCUGCCGCCCAUCAUUUUUCACGGAGCGUACAGUUUAAACCAGAGGCAGUUUUUCAAGAACAUUGGCUCCGUUUUGACCUUCGCCCUCAUCGGGACUCUGCUCACUUGCGGGAUUAUAGGGUUUUGCAUGUUCGGCUUCGUGCAGCUGAUGGUACGUCUGGGCCACGUCGUGGAUGGUGAUUUCAGCCUCAAGGACUGCCUGUUGUUCGGCUCUCUGAUGUCAGCCACUGACCCAGUGACGGUGCUGGCCAUCUUCACGGAGCUGCAUGUGGACUCCGAUCUCUACAUACUGUUGUUCGGCGAGAGCGUGCUUAACGACGCCGUGGCCAUCGUGCUGACAUACACCAUAUCAAGCUACGACGCAGCCACGGGAGGGUCCGCCUUCCAUGUCGGCUCCUUCUUCCUCUCCGCCGCGCGCUUCUUGGGGGUCUUCGCUGGCUCCUUCACCAUGGGUCUGGCGUACACCGUCAUCACGGCCCUGGUGACCAAGUUCACUCAGCUGAGAGAGCUCCCCCUACUGGAAACCGGGCUCUUCUUCCUGUUCUCCUGGAGCUCCUUCCUGUCAGCAGAGGCCUGUGGUCUCAGUGGCAUUGUGGCGGUGCUGUUCUGUGGCAUCACACAGGCGCGCUACACCAUCCACAACCUGUCCUCCGAGGCCAAAGUCCGGACCACGCAGCUGUUUGAGUUCCUGAACUUCCUGGGCGAGAACUUCACCUUCUGCUACAUCGGCCUCGCCAUGUUCACCUUCCACACGCACGUCUUCCAGGUGUUUUUCAUCUUCGGGGCCUUCCUGUCCAUUAUGCUGGCGAGGGCCUGUAACAUCUACCCCCUGUCCUUCCUGCUCAACCUGGGCCGGCACCGGCGGAUUCCCAGAAACAUCCAGCACAUGAUGAUGUUCUCAGGUCUGCGUGGAGCUGUGGCGUUUGCCUUGGCAGCUCAGGACACGUCCACAGAGGCCCAGCGGGCCAUACUCAGCACCACACUACUGGUGGUUCUGGUCACCGUGUGGGUGAUGGGCAGCGCCACCGUGCCUAUGCUGGGCUGGCUAGACAUUCGGGUGGGAGUGGACCCUGACGAGAACCCCGGGGAGGCACCGUGCAGCCAGGCAGCCGUGGAGGACUCCCUCGCGGCCCCGCGGCCCCAGGGGCCCUUGACGUGGCAGCUAUGGAAAGCCCUGGACUACAGAUACCUGCGGCCGGCGCUAACGCACGAGGGGCCGCCUCUGACCACAACGCUGCCCCUGUGGUGUGGACCCCUGGCCAGGCUGCUGACCAGCCCGCACGCAUACGAGAACCAGGAACAACUGGGGAAUGCGGAUGACAGCAGCUCGGGGAAGAUGGACAGAGCAGGAGGAGGACAGGAGUCUCCCGGAGAGGCGGAAGCUUCCACCACGCAGCAGGACGACCUUCUGGAAGGGGACCUGGGCCUCGGGACACACGCCACUCCCGUCUGGACAGACUGAGGCGCACAUCUGAGCGCGCACUCCCUGGGGAGUGCAAUGAACGAUGCUUUGGACUCCCCGGUGUGUCAUUUAUCACAUCUAACCCACUGCGAAGCUGAUGACUGAUAUCAGACCGCAAACCCACCCACAGUGGUCUGUAAAGGCCUCCCCAUACCAACAGCUACAUCACCCCUCCAUUAAGCAUAGUUUUCUUAUUUAAAAGUGCCCCACCAUCCGUUUCAUGCAUUUGUGCCACUGUCCCUUUAAAUGGCAACAGAAUUGAAUCAACAUGUGAUACAGCUUCCUUUGGAAGAAGCUGCUCCUUUUUACGUCGGGGGGAGACAGAAAUAUGUGGGGGAGAGUUCACUUUCAUAGUGCCUUUAGCAUGGGGUUGUGUCGUACACAUCCUACGAGGGACACACUUUGUGUCGUCCAUACGUUCCCACGUGUCUUACAUUUAAAAACAUGCGAAAGGUCUCACAUCUGCGGAUUUUGUAGCGAUUCUUAUCUACCAGUUUAAAGUAGCACAUGAAAUGUCAAGAUUGUACCAUAUCAACAUACUUAAACUAUGACAGCUAAACAUGUUUUCUUAUGCAAUGAACAAUGGUGAACAAAUG